AAUAUUAUUCCACCGCCCACAGAAACGCGUGUUCUCUUACGCGUGAUUUGCUUUCAGAUAUACGUAUUUUCUGAUAAUGUUCCUGACUUCAAAUGUUUUUAUACCUACUGUUCUGCUCAUUCCGUGUAAGGAUGUUUUCACAGGAGAAUUUACUCGCAGUCAAAGGAAGAAAAUCAAAGCCUUGUGUUUUCUCUUAUACAGGACGGCUUUAACCCAAAUUAGAUUCUAUGAUCCAUUCUGAGAGCUGAAGGAGAAAAGUGCAUGCCUGCCUGGUGAGGGAAUUAGAGGUGUGGCAAAUGGGUAUGAGUGGAAGAUGAAACCGAAUCUGGGAAAGCGAGUAUGGCAGAGAGUAAUGCUCUGCUGUACGAAAGUCCGACAUCUCCAAUCAUCCAUAUCAGCGAUUGAAGCUGAAGCGCAGUCUAUCUGCUUCUACUUCUCAAGAUCCUUCUGCUACUACUCCUACUCAUCUCACGCCGAUGAUACAGUCCUUAUCAAGAUCACCAUGCUUGGAGAUAGUCACACAGGGAAAACAAGCCUCAUGGCUAAGUAUGUAAAGUCAGAAAGAAAUGAAGAGGAGUACAUUCAAACAAGGGGUGUUUUUGCAUGAACAAAGUUUUGGGUAUCAAAGGAGUGAAAAUUGCGUUUAGCAUUUGGGAUUUUGGGGGUCAUCUGCAGUUCACAGAAGUUGUUCCAAGGACUUGCCAGGAUGCCGCAGCCAUCUUGAUUAUGUUCGACCUCACUAGCAGAUCAACGCUUAACAGUGUAACAGAAUGGUACAAACAAGCACGGCGGUUCAAUCAGAAUGCUAUUCUAGUUUUAAUUGGCACAAAAUUUGAUCAUUUCAUUCAUUUACCUGAGGACAUUCAACUUACGAUUGUAACUCAGGCAAGAGUAUAUGCUCAUGCAAUGGGGGCCAUUUUGUUCUUCUCCAGCAUAACCCAUAAUAUUAAUGUACACAAGAUAUUCAAAGUUGUAACAGCAAAAUUGUUUGAUUUGCCUUGCAAUAUAGCAAGGAACCUCACUAUUGGGGAACCCAUUAUUGAAUACUAACUUCCAUACCAUAACUUUUAAAAAUGUGUUUUAGCAGAUACAGUUUAUGUAUAUAAAUCAACUAUACAAGGAUGUGGGGGGCCUAUUUUGUUUUGAUAAAGUUCAGAGGGUUAUAGGGCCCUAUUAAAAGAUCUAUAAAAUAUAAUUAUUUGUAUUUAAAUCAAUUACACAAAGGAUAUGUCAUAAAUGUAUUAAGAAAACAAAUUUUCUUUCUAUUUGAUAAUUUAUAUGUUUUAUUUCAAUCUUA